AUAUAUCGCUUGGAUUUCGUAAAUCGUGUUUUUGGUCACAUUGUACAUAAGCACUCGAUACAAAGGUGUUUUUUUUUAUUUGUGGUUUAAAACAAAUUUAUACCAAAGCCUUAAAAGGAUGGAAUAACAGAAAAUAAUAUGCUGAUCAACACACAAUCACCAAGAGCGUUUCUGGUGACGUGCAGGGUUCUAUCCAACGACAUCUUUAAAACGGAAAGCGUCUGUGAACUGUUUGAUUCCCAUGGUAACAUCAACAGAUACAACAGGAACACUCUGAAACAGAUAGGCUGCAAGUUUCGGUAUUCUCUUCUUUAACUAAACUGGACAAGUUCGUAUUUGCCAUUCACGGUGAAGGAGCCAACAUUCAGGUAGCGAAACUUACAUUGAAACUCGAACGAAAGAAAAGGAGGCUUACGAAGGUCAUCGAUUAGAAAAGUGAUUUCCUCCCCAGACCACUUGCACACCGGAUGAUUAUCGUCAAAUAUUCGUCUUUGAAAACAGGCUGCAUACUCAAGGACUUGUCAAGCCAACAACCCAAAUGGCAACCGGUUGGAAUAGAGAUUGUGUACCUAACUUGGGAAACUCGUUGUUUUGGAAGAAGUUGGAAUGCCCACUUUGUGAUCAAGUAUUCACCAACCCAAAGGACCUUGAAUGUGGACAUACGUUCUGUGACCUGUGUCUUAAGAAACUAAUUGCGAAAAAUGCAUCUUGCAAAAACAUCACGUGCCCCACUUGUAAAAACAUCACAUAUCCAUCCCUUCGCAGCAAAAAUACGGCGGACUUGGUAAAGGGUUUGAAGACAAAUAUUGCGGUACAAGAAUUGGUUAGAUGUUUUCAACCUGAAGCUAGUGAUCCAGAUGAGGACGUACUUCACAAAUCGAGUGAUGGUGAGGGAACAAUUAUUUCUACAUAUGACGAUGACACAGAGAGCUUUAUGUGUUCUACGCAUAGGAGGAUGCCGUUUAAAUUCUUUUGUCCGAACCAUUCCUUGUUGAUGUGUGAUUUCUGUAAGAAGGUUCACGGAAAAUCGUGUCGUCGAUUUGUUCUAAUUGAAGACCAUGCAACACCAGAAGUAGUUAAAGCAGUCACUUGUACGCAACAACAAGAAAUUUCUCAAAUGAAAUCCAAGCUGAAAACUGCCCUCAAGGAUCUGAGUGUAAAUCGAAUUCAACUGAAAACCCAAUUCGAAGAGUAUUCGGCGCAGUUAAGUGACAUUGAGAAAGAUCUUAAGAAACUCUUCGUAAAGCUGAAAUCGAAAUUAAAAGCCGAAACAUUUGAGUCUAUAACAAACCAGCAGCAAGAACAAAUAUCUGAAAUUAAAAACUUACUGGCAGUAAUUGAUUUUAAGACUAACGAAUUACAACAAAUAGGCGACUAUCGGGACUAUUCCGAUAGGUUUAUUCGAUUAGUAAUAAAUAAAGAUCAAAAUGUCGUUAUUGAAAGCAGCGUUACAGCUGUAACAGAAACUUUGACGAGUGUGCGUAUGCGUCAUGUUGGAAUUGAUGUUAUGACGUCAUUCCUUAAACUUGGUGGCGAAUAUCUUGGCGAAGUCCAAUUCAAGCCGACCAGAUUGGAACAUAGAAAGAGUGUGUGAAUGGAAGAUAAAGGACAACGCCGUUUGCUUCCCAACUUAAUACGGCGCAUAAAGGAGACGUCAUAGCUUGCCAAAAUUAACAUCAUUUGUGCAGAUCUAUGGUAUAUCAGGCACACUGUAGGUCAUAGUUACACGGAUACAUUAUCAGUGUGCGUUUUGGAAGUUUGUUGUAUAUAUUGAUGAAACUUCGUAGUCAAAGUCAAACUAGAAAUACCCUAAUCGUGCACAUUAUGUUAAAUACCUGUUAUAGAGGUUAGGUGGUACAAUGUUGGAAUCAUGACUUAUUGCUACAAAAUAUCUAAAAUGCAUUUUUGUGAUGUCAUGGACUUGUCUUUGUACCUGGCAUCAUCAGCCUUACUUCUAACCGCUUCUUAGCAGUGCUGUUGUAAAUUGCUACAUUUUGAUGGUCUAAGCACGUUUAACUGUAAUAGUUGUAUUGGUUUUGCUGACGUUAUAUGCAUAUACGCCCCUGUGGAAGUGGAUUUUAAAAUCGUAUUGUAUAUAAUAUUAACCUAGAUCUUCAGCUUUUUUUAAUUCUGUAGGUUGAAUUUUAUAUCUAAUAUAUUUAUGUAUAGCGCUCAACGAUGAUAAAUAAUACACAGACGGGUGUUGUGCGGUAGUUACGAUGGUAGAGCACUUGCAUAUAAAUACGGGGAUCGUGAAUUCGAACCCAAGACUUGACACAAAAUAAACCUGUGAUACAAUUAUUGGAUUUCCCACCCCUCCCAAAAUAGAACAGGUGUCCAUUUCUGAAAUCAGUAUCUCACAUAGAACUGGUUACCCAAAAAAACCUGUAGUCAUCUUGGCUCACGAAUGUUUCACGAUAGCGAAAUUGACAAAAUCGCGAUAGUUUUGGUGUUUCAUCGCGAUUAUUAAUCCGUGUCUGAUUGUAGUGCUUGUGUAUGCAACCGUGCCUGGUCGGAUUGGAAAAAACUUGCGGCAUUAUUUUUUUAAGUUUUAACACUUGGACGUCGAAUGUUAAAUUCGGGACUGUUUUGGGAUGAUCGGUUAACCAUCGGAGACCAUUUAGAAUCGAUAGUUUUUGAGUCGGCAUCUUUGGAAAACAUUAUGCGAGGUGCUUUUGUGGUAGAAAAUCCCCGAAAAAAGUGGAUCCCGCAUGAUGCGGAAUGGAAGGAGAACGCUUUUCUAUGGCCAUGAAUGUAAGAAAUGGAAAUAUGAACUCAACAAGUGCGUGAUCGCGAUAACUUGAAAUUCCCAUUUUUUUCAAAAAGCUACCGAUAACGAAUACGCAGUUGGAAAGGGUUAAACAUCGCGAUUGGCAACAUGUGCAGCAUACUUUGGAAUCGGCAACUCUUCAGCAUGCUCCUACUUAACAGUUCAGCACGAUUGGUUAUCAUUCAGCGGAAAAUUGUGGAAAGAGCGCCAUACAAACUCAAGUUUUGAACAUCUAAAAAGAAAAUAUUUUAGGUAUGUAGUUUGCAAAAAUAUAUAUUUUUACUAUUAAAAUUAGGUACAUAAUUAUAUAACAGUUAUUGCAGUUAUUUAACUACGCCUGAUAUUAUGUGGUCACUAUGUAUUAAAAUUGUCACGAAACACGAA